GCUUGCCACUCCUGCUGAUUUGUGCGGGAGUUCAGAAGGAUUUUUUCUUUCCCCUCAGAACCAGGGGCCUUAUUUUCCUUUCAUCUCCCUUCCGGUGUUGCGUGCCGUUGAAUCUAACCUUUAAAAUUAUCAUCAACCUCGAUAACACACAACAAGCAUAAUCCUUCCAGAUGGUGUGGUCACUGGCGAAUAAUUAAUAAAGUAGUCCCGUCAACGACGAGUCGACAGCGGAUAAAACCAGGCGCAUUUCACACGCAGCUGACAUUCAAUGAGACAGACGUCAGUGCGCUUGCAGACUACGCAAAAGCCACAACACACUACUGGAAUAUCCCACAUACACGCGCCUUGCCUGCACAACAACGCAGCUGUUCCAAAGUCUUUCGAUCCGCGGGGAAAUCUGGAUUGGACCCGUAAAUAAGUUUACACUGAAGUCUGUUGUCACUGAACACCCUCCCCCGAGCACCAUGAAGGCAGAAAUCCAAUGCGCCAUCAGCUUCAUCCUGGAGCAGCUUUGCUCCAAGAUUCCCCGCCACCAACAAGACCUUUUCGCCGAUGAGCUCAACAAAUCCCUCGUCGACAAAUUCAACGGCCAUUGGUACCCUGAAUCCCCUUGCAAAGGCUCGGGUUACCGGUGCCUUCGUAUUGGUACCAGGGAGAUGGAUGCGGCCGUCGCCACGGCUAUCCAGAGCAGCGGGCUGGAGUCAGGUGACCUGACCGAGGCACUCCCGCACGAGCUGAGCAUCUGGGUAGACCCCGGAGAGGUGUCCUACCGUAUGGGGGAGAAGGGAACAGUCUCCGUCAUCUAUCAGGAGAAGCGCCCCAAGGCAGCUGGGCCGAGCCACGUGCAGAGCGAGCCGGAUCUCACCGGCUCGGGCCAGUUUAACUUCAACCCCGAGGCUGAGGAUUUCCUGCCAAUGACGAUGGACUCGCUGAGUUCCUCCAUGAGAGGGAUUUCACUAUCGCCUGUGUCUGCUAUGGGAUUUCAGCCGAUGGUGCCGCUGGGACUACCAGCCCCACACCAUCAGCCUCUGCCCCACCCACAGGCACUUCAUCCGAUGCCCACUGCCGUCCCCACGCCGACACCGGUCACGGGCAAGUCUCGGCUACAAGCAGCCCCACUUUCCAGACCCUCCUCUCUCACCUUCACCGCGGCCUCCUUCGCCCAGACCAAGUUCGGCUCAACCAAGCUCAAGUCGACGGGAAAGAAAGUCAAUUUCCAGCAGCUCUCUCCGACAGAAUUCGCCAACUACAUGAAGCAGCGGUCAGCGAUGAAGGGGUUCCGCAGCCAACGUUCCCCCUCGGGAGGUCGAGAUUUCCCGCUCUUCCAAAGCAAAGAUGAUGGGUUCGGCUAUUGGGGCGAGACAACCACAGUGCCCCAGUCUUACGCUGCUGGUCCGGGGUUUGACUCCCAAACCAACCUCACUACACAAGGCCCCGAGUCCUGGAUGCUGUACGACAGCCUGAAUGCCUCACUACCGUCCACUGACCAGUAUGGCCACCAGUCUCUGAUUGCAGCCAAUUGAAAGCUAGCGGUUUGACGUCUGGGUCACAACUAGUUUAUGUCGAAGAAAAACACUUAACUUCCAUUAAAAAAAGAUAAUCAUGAAAUAGACACUAAAUUAUUGUCUUUAAUUUGGGUCGCUGUAACCAUGGCAUCUUGAACUGAACACCAGUUCAUGUAAAAGCAGAGUUUCAGUUCAAGCCAAAUUUUGUCCUUUCUCGCACCAAGGGAAAUUUUACAUUUUUCAGAAUGCAACUAAGCCUCUGGCGGCUGUGCUAUCUCACUGAGCCCUUUUGACUCAAUCGGCUUUUUUAUAUUAAUAUUGAUAUUAAGUAUAUAGAUGUACAAAAAUCAAGUAAAUAAUUUUCACAGUGAUAAUAUUUUUACAUUGUUUCUCAAUCUAAGUAUCAUAUUUUUUUAAGUUGAAAAUGUAAGCAUUCAGAAAUGUUCAUGUUAUUGACAGGACUUUUAAGCUGUAGACUAUGAAACUUAAUGAGUGACUUAUAGCGGAUUCGUAUUAUAAGCUAUUCGGCGUCUGGAUCCUAGAUCACAUGCGGUAUGAGAAGGGCAAAAAGGGCAAACAGUGCAGUAUGACUGGAAUGCAUGGGAUAAGGUUUAGAAGUCCAAAUGUUUCCCAUCUGAUGGAGAAAAACACAUUCCACAAUUGACUCAGUCAAUCCCUAAACUUGCAUCAGUCUUGUAAUGGGCGUUCUGUUCCUUCAAUAUUUUGUCUGGUGGCGAGAAACGUAUUCAGAGCAACCAAAACGACUUAGAUAAGUGUGCAUGAAAAUGUUCCGAUUAGUAGGCAGAAGCAUCAGUCCCUUUUGUUUAUCGAACAGACAACCUAUUUUGUACGGCUGUUUCAUCGGAAUAACUAAAUAGACCUUGGUGAUGGGUUGGUAAAACGCAAUAUUACCGACACUGGAACAGCCGUUGGAAUGUGCCCAGUGAAGAACUUGAAUGAACGCAAAGAAUGUCAUGUACGGCUGUUUCAUUUUAACAAACCCAACGAGGGAAGGCAGCGCACUCAGUGCGAUAACAGAAAUGCUAUUUUGGACAGGAGUGGUAUGGUAUUUGAAUUUACACGCUUGUUUUAUGACGUUCAAGAGUCAACAGUGUGGAAUGCCACCGAUGCAUUUGGUUCUUAGAGUCGUUUCUAGUAAAGAAAAUGUUCGUGGACACAGCGUGUCAUCGUGCAUAGCUACCGUAUCAAUGGUAUUGGUAAUAACUGUUUAAUCGUGCGGACACUGUGCAUACCCUUCACUGAAAUUUUCUUCACGUGGAAAAAUAAAGUAGACACGCCGCUUUAUUCCGCACUAUACAGUUUCUUUGUCGUAAAACAAUUUUUUCCCCUGACAAUCAAACACUUGUGGGGUUUGCAUUUGGGCCCUGUUUAGUAAAUUUUGUUUAAUACAAAAUGUUAUCACCAUGAAGACAUUUAUAAAAAUUUUGAAAACGGGACAGAGUGUGAUUGUUGGAUGGUUUCUUGCACCGAACGGCUUUGUAAAAAAGCGACUCGUACCGUGUUGUUAGCACUCAAAAUUGUAAUUGUUGCAUAAAAUUAUCAUGGUAUUGUGUAUGAAUAUAAAGUAAACACUCCACUUAUUUCAUUUACCAUGUUUCUUAUAAUAUUGUGGAUUGAACUGGCGUGUUAUAUAUUCACAGAGGUUCCAUAUUGCGUAACCAUAGUAACAAUAAUUUGAUAUUUGGACGCAUGACAAAUCAUACCAAAGCGUUGUUUUACUGUUGAUAUAUAUUUUUGUCUGGUAUUUUGGGGAUUUUGUCAUUUGUCAUUUUUCUAUGUUUCAUGGCCGAAACCUUGGAAUCGUCGAGUCAUAAACAAUGGGAAAAGAUUACGUAAAAAAAUUAGCCUAACUUUGCAGAAUUGUCUCACACAAAACAGUCGCUACUUCGUUUGUAUACUAACACAACAUGAGAUGUCACAAAUCUACUGUAUUUGAUACCAAAUUUCUAUUUUAGUACUUUCAUUUGAAAAGAACUUAGAUUUUGAGGUUUUAAAUGCAAUUUCUUACUAUUUUGGUAAUAUUCUAUGAAAAGAACAUGUAUAGCUCGAUCACGAGGUUUGUAUUGUGCAAUAAGAGACGAUUAUGAGUGGUGCAUGUGAUCUGUACAUGGUUUGAUCAACUUAUUUAUAAUUGACAGAAGUUAACAUAAAUUUGUUUUUUCAAAUGAA